GAAGAACGAUUUCUAAUAGAACAAAAUGGAUAAACGAAAAAGAAAUAAACGUUUCUAGGUUCCAUGGAGAUUAUCGGACUUUCGGCGAUUGGUUUAGCUUUGGUCUACGUAGGUACGGCCAAUUCUGACAUCUCCUACGUCAUAUUGCAGAAAUUACUAGAACUUACGAUCGAGCAAUUGGCUAAUACGCAUUACAGGUUCUUGUCAUUGGCCUUGGGAAUACUUUACAUGAGUUGCCGGGAUGUUAUAGAUACUCCAUCAGCGGCACUAGAAGUUUUACCUGAACCAUAUAGACUAGCUUGUCAAACUAUGUUACAGGUAACAAACCAAUUACUGUUAUAAACUCGUAUAAU